UAAUAAAGAAGGAAAGAAAAACAAUUUUUAAUUAUUAAACAAUUAAAAUAAAAAGAGAGAGAGAAAAAGUGAAUAAUUUUAGGAAAGAAGAAAGAGUUAGAAGUUAUCGGGGAGGGUUGGUGUUUAAAAUUGAAACUCUGAUCCCUUUCUGGAAAAUUGAGAGGAAGGAAGCAACGAUGGGAACAACCACCACGAAAAAGUGGCGCGUGUUUGUCACGGUGAUCUUGAGUUUGAGCGUGUUUAGUGUUUGGAGUUGCAGGGCGAAAGAGAGCGUGUACGAGAUACUCCCAAAGUACGGCCUCCCCAGUGGUCUGUUACCGAACACGGUCACCGACUACAUGCUGGAGGAGGACGGCCGAUUCGUCGUCGUUUUGGAGAAGCCGUGCUACGUUCAGUUCGAUUACUUGGUCUACUACGAGACGAAGAUAACGGGGAAGCUCAACUACGGCUCCAUCACCAACCUUAAGGGAAUACAGGUUCAGCGUCUCUUGCUUUGGUUCAACGUUGAUGAGAUCAGGGUCGAUUUGCCUCCCUCCGAUAACAUCUACUUCCAAGUUGGCAUCAUCAACAAGAAACUCGAUCUUGAUCAGUUCAAAACCGUUCGUUCAUGCCGCAACUCUCUCUCCUCUUCUCGUUGCCGUCUUCCUUCAAUUCAGCUUCCUGAUCCAGUGGAUGAAAUUCCUAUGCUACUCACGGAGUAAUGCCGUUUUAUACUACUAGCUGUUGUAUGGCAUAAUGGAAUGACAUUUUAAGUUGUCAGUGUUCCUCUAUUGCCUACCCUAUCUAUCAAGAGUCUAGCUAGACUCACAAAACCGAGUCUGGUUGCGUUAUAUUAUAUCCUCAUGGGAUCUGUAUGAACAUAUUAUGUACAUAUUUAAGUACCGAGACUUCUACUUCAUGUGUGUCGCAGAACUUUCUGCUUCUGGCAAAAAUUUAACUUUCUAUAUAAUGAUC